GGCCGGGCGGCCGGGGUGCGCGUCGGCUCCCUAAGUGGCGGGUCCUGGGGUCCCUUGAUCAGCUGCUGGGCGACCGUGCCGGGAGGAGCCACCUCUGGAGCAGGGCUCAAAAGGGGAGAGGCUGCAGGCGAGCAGGCCCUGGGUGGGCGUCCCCCGGCUCUGCCUGGGCAAGUCGCAGCACCCUCAAAGGCUGGCUAAGGCGAUGCUUCCAGAUCCCUAAGGGCGCCUGGACAGAGGGAGAUGGGACCCGGAGCAGGAGAGGACUUCACCCUACGGAGCACGGCUCUGCCACCAUCGGCCAAGCCGUCGUCUUCAAAGGUGCCGGAAGCCUGCGAGCGAGCAUCUCAUCUCCCCAGUGUGCCGGCCACCCGCCUGGGGGCGCCCGCCGUGCCGGGGCCGUGGGGGGGCGCACCUUCUGCCCGCCUGGGCCGGCCGGCCGGCCACCUCCCGCACCAGGAAGUGGACAGCAGGAAGCGACCGCGACACCCCCGUCCUCCCGCAGGCCCGGGAGCCACGGCCCUCGUGAAGCGCCCUGACCAGCCCCCAUGGCUCCGCUGCCCCCAGGCGUCUACUUCAUGGUCUCCUUCUCCCGUGACCAGUGGUACCGGGCCUUCAUGUUCACACUGACCUUCCUGCUCUACGCCAGCUUUCACCUGUCCCGCAAGCCUCUCAGCAUCGUCAAGGGGGAGCUGCACAGGCUGUGCCCGGUGACCCCCAGCCAGCCUCCCGACAACCACACCCACUGCGGCUGGGCCCCGUUUGACCAGGAGAACUACCAGCAGCUGCUGGGCGCCCUGGACUACGCCUUUCUGUGCGCCUACGCCGUGGGCAUGUACCUCAGCGGCAUCAUAGGGGAGCGUCUGCCCAUCCGGCUCUACCUCACCUGUGGGAUGCUGGCCAGCGGGGCCUUCACUGCCCUCUUCGGCCUGGGCUACUUCUACGAUGUGCACAGCCUGGGCUUCUACAUGGUCGCACAGAUCCUCAAUGGCCUCGUGCAGACCACCGGCUGGCCCAGCGUGGUCACCUGCCUGGGGAACUGGUUUGGGAAAGGGAGGCGCGGCCUCAUCUUGGGCCUCUGGAACUCGCACACGUCCAUGGGCAACAUUCUGGGCUCCCUCAUCGCCGGCUACUGGGUGUCCAGUUGCUGGGGCCUGUCCUUUGUCGUUCCGGGCGCCGUGGUGGCCACCAUGGGGCUGGUGUGCUUUCUCUUCCUCGUGGAGCACCCCAGGGACAUCGCCUGCACCGCCAUGCUGGCAGCGCACCCAAAGGCCUGUGAGAACAACACCCAGCGGUUCCGGCUGCAGAAGUCGGUGCGGAACGACCCCAAGAGCAAGUCCCUGGACCCCGAGAUGCAGCUCUUGCUGCCGUCCGACGGGAGGCGGCCCGUCCAGCAGAACCACGUGGUCAUCCUCCCGGCCGAGGGCGGCGCGGCCAUCAGCUUCCUGGGGGCCCUGAGGAUCCCCGGCGUGGUGGAGUUCUCCCUGUGCCUGCUGUUCGCCAAGCUGGUCAGCUACACUUUCCUGUUCUGGCUGCCACUCUACAUCACCAGCGUGGAUCACCUGGAUGCCCAGAGGGCCGGCGAGCUGUCCACCCUCUUUGAUGUGGGCGGCAUCUUCGGCGGGGUCCUGGCCGGCGUGGUCUCAGAUCGGCUAGAGAAGAGGGCGGCCACCUGCGGGCUGAUGCUGCUGCUGGCUGUGCCCACGCUCUGUGUCUUCUCCACGGUCAGCAGAGCAGGGCUGGAGGCCACGGUUGCCAUGCUGCUGCUCACGGGGGCCCUGGUCAGUGGGCCCUACGCCCUCAUCACCACUGCCGUCUCCACCGAUCUGGGGACGCACAAGAGCCUGAAGGGCAACGCCCACGCCCUGGCCACAGUGACCGCCAUCAUCGACGGGACCGGCUCUGUAGGGGCGGCGCUGGGGCCCCUGCUGGCCGGCCUCAUCUCCCCAUCGGGCUGGAGCAAGGUGUUUGACAUGCUGGUGUGUGCGGACGCCUGCGCCCUGCUGUUCCUGACCCGUCUCAUCCACAAGGAACUCAGCUGCCCCAGGCUGCCCGCCACUGACCAGUCUCCGCUGAAGGAGCAGUGAUCUCGGUGCUGCUGGACGGCUGCAUCCCUCCCUCGUCUGUCCAUCCAAGCAUCCAUCCGUCCGAGGAGGCAGGUGGCGCACGCCACCAUCGGGGACACGGGGACCCGCGGGCAGGCGGCCAGUGGGGCAGCUGGACAGGCCCCGAAGCCAGGAGGCCGGACAUGCAGGGACGCUGCCCCUCCCACCGGGACCCCAGCCGCCCGCUGUCCCCCGUCAUCUGCGGAGGGAGGGCUGCGCUCUGUCUGCCGCCCACCCGGCUGGCCGGGUGUCUAUUACGGGAGGACGCCGCCUCUGAAUAAAGGGAGCAGGCCUGA